GACAGUGAGACCCAGGAAAAAUCUUGCUGAAUCUGCCUGCUCCAGCACUGGCCUGAUUCGGGAUCCUCCGAUCCUUCCUGUGACCGCACCACGCCCCGAGAUGAAUCUACGUUCUGUAUUUACUGUAGAACAACAAAGGAUUUUACAGCGUUAUUAUGAAAAUGGAAUGACAAAUCAAAGUAAAAAUUGCUUUCAGCUCAUAUUACAGUGUGCACAGGAGACUAAGCUGGACUUCAGUGUAGUCAGGACGUGGGUUGGCAAUAAGAGAAGAAAAAUGAGUAGUAAGAAUUCUGAAUCAGGAGCAGCAACAACAGGAACUCUUCCUGGUACCUCUUUGACAUCUCCAGACAUUACAGUCAGGAAUGUAGUUAACAUCACUCGGCCGUCAAGCCAACAGUCUUCUUGGACAUCUGCCAAUAAUGAUGUCAUUGUAACUGGCACAUACAGUCCAUCAAGUUCAUCAAGUAGGCAGGGGACAACCAAACAUUUAGAUACACAACUUACAGAAGCACAUAAAAUUCCUAUUCAGAAAACAGCCAGUAAAAAUGAUACUGAAUUUCAGUUGCACAUUCCUGUUCAAAGACAAGUAGCACACUGUAAAAAUGCCUCUCUGCUCUUAGGUGAAAAAACAAUUAUCUUGUCAAGACAGACAAGUGUGCUAAAUGCUGGAAAUUCAGUAUACAGUCACACAAAGAAAAACUAUGGAAGCUCUUCAAUGCAAGCCUCUGAGGUGAUGGUACCUCAAAAGCCACCUGUGUGCCACCGACCUUGCAAAAUUGAACCAGUUGGAGUUCAAAGGUCAUAUAAGCCUGAACACACAGGUCUAGCAUCGCAUAACUUAUGUGGGCAAAAGCCACCUAUUAGAGACCCUUACUGUAGAACACAAAACUUGGAAAUCCGUGAGGUAUUUUCACUGGCUGUUAGUGAUUACCCCCAGAGAAUUCUGGGAGGAAAUGCUCCACAGAAGCCUAGUUCAGCAGAAGGAACUUGUUUGUCCAUUGCAAUGGAGACUGGAGAUGCUGAUGAUGAGUAUGCCAAAGAGGAAGAGUUGGCAUCUAUGGGAGCACAGAUACCAAGCUACUCAAGAUUUUAUGAAAGUGGCAGAUCCCUUGGAACAGAGAACCAAAGUACACCAUUGCCUGGACCAGGAAGAAAUAUGCCAAAUUCACAAAUGGUGAAUAUUAGAGAUUUGUCAGACAAUGUACUGUAUCAAAACAGAGACUACCAUUUGACACCACGGACCUCAUUACAUACAGUAGCUACCACAAUGUACAGUAAUACAAAUCCAUCACGGAGUAAUUUUUCUUCACAUUUUGCAUCAUCAAACCAAUUGAGGUUAUCACAAAACCAAAACAAUUACCAGAUUUCAGGAAACCUUACUGUGCCUUGGAUUACAGGGUGUUCUAGAAAAAGAGCACUACAAGAUCGCACUCAGUUCAGUGACCGAGACUUAGCCACACUUAAGAGAUACUGGGACAAUGGAAUGACCAGCCUUGGUUCUGUCUGUAGAGAGAAAAUUGAAGCAGUUGCAACUGAAUUAAAUGUUGACUGUGAAAUAGUUCGGACUUGGAUUGGGAAUCGAAGAAGGAAAUACCGUUUAAUGGGGAUUGAAGUUCCGCCUCCAAGAGGAGGCCCUGCUGAUUUUUCUGAGCAGCCUGAGUCUGGUUCUUUGUCUGCACUCACAUCAAGAGAAGAAGCUGGUCCUGAAGUAGGAGAAGAUAAUGAAAGAAAUGAUGAAGUAUCCAUCUGUUUGUCUGAAGGAAGCUCUCAAGAGGAGUCCAGUGAAGUUCCAAAUGAGGCAAGGGCUCAUAAGGAGGAGGACCAUCAUGCAGUAUCUGCAGAUAAUGUGAAAAUAGAAAUUAUUGAUGAUGAAGAAAGUGACAUGAUAAGUAAUUCUGAAGUUGAACAAGUGAAUUCUCUCUUGGAUUAUAAGAAUGAAGAAGUCAGAUUCAUUGAAAAUGAGCUAGAGAUUCAAAAACAAAAAUACUUUAAACUUAAGACAUUUGUCAGAAGCUUGAUACUAGCUAUGAAAGCUGAUGAUAAGGAACAGCAGCAGGCGCUGCUGUCAGAUUUACCUCCUGAAUUAGAAGAGAUGGAUUUCAAUCAUGCCUCACCGGAGCCUGAUGAUACCUCAUUCAGUGUGUCUUCUUUAUCAGAGAAAAAUGCCUCAGACAGUUUGUGAUUUGAGGGGGUUAUAUAAUACAUACAGCCUUUUGGCUGCCUAACAGGUGUGCAUUUCAAGAUAACUGCAUUCUGUUGCCUCAAAAUUCCUCAGUUGGAAAAACAUAUUAUUGAAACUGACAUAUUCUGUGAAGAAUGGAUAAGAUAUAAUGGCUACAGUGCAAAAAUGUACAUGAAAUUUAAAAACAGCAUUUGAGAAAUAUUUCCAAACUGAUAAAACUCUGGGGGAAAUUUGUAUUUAAUUUUUAGCAGUUUAUCUAUGAAAUGCAUAAUGCCUAAUUUCUGAAAGAUUUUUGUUUGGUUUUUAGAAGAAUCUUAGUUUUAGUAAUAGUUUUGACCAGAGACACAAAAAUAAAGGUAU